AUGGCGACCCUGGCGGAGAAGCUUGAGAAGAUCAAGUCUCCCAAGCUGCAGAACCAGCACCAUACGGCUGUGGUGCUUUCUGCAGUGGAAGACACUCUUCGCGAUCAAAAGGCCGACUUUUCUCCCACCGCCUAUUUUGCUGCGCUGCUUGCGCUUUUGUCCCAGUCGAUCUCCGCUACUCAAGGCAUCGUCAACAAGGAUUUGGCAACCUCCGUCGUUUAUCUACUCGAUCUCACUACCGCUUAUGUCCCUGCCUCGAUUCUCCGCGCCAAGUUCUCUCAGAUUCUCACCGGUCUCGCCCCUGCCCUUUCCCUGCCAGAGGUUGAUGCCCCGCUUCUUCGUCCCUCCAUCGGAUGUCUCGAGUCCCUCUUGGUCGCCCAGGAUGUUGCAGCCUGGAACCUUCCUCACACACAGAUCGGCCCGCGCCGUGCGAUCGCUGGCCUGCUGAGUCUGGCCGUCGAUCACCGUCCCAAGGUGCGGAAGCGUGCCCAGGACGCGUUGGUCAAGGUGCUCAAGUCGCCUCCUCCAAGUCCUUCCCUCGACCACCCGGCGGCCGAUAUGUGUGCGGAGACUGCUAUGCGCACGUUGAGUGACAGCAUCACGGCUGCAGCCAAGUCUAAGCGCGGUCGCCAUGAUUCCAGCGGCCGGGACACCCACGACCCCCUGGUCAUCCACUCCCUGCAACUGGUGAAGACGCUCGCGGUCGCAUCCGAUGGUUGGCCCAGCAAGAAGAUUGAGCCGCUGUGCGAGCUCUUGAUGAACGCUUCCCGGUCCACGAACGAAUUCAUCACGAUGGGUGCUUUUGAGGUGUUCGAGGUGAUCUUCUCCAGCAUGGCCGAUGAGUUUUCGUCCUCGAAGCUGCCCCGUCUCCUGGAGGCGAUCACGGACUUGAAGCCCGCCCAGAACGAUUCGCAGCUCCUGCCGCCGUGGAUUGCCGUGUUGUCCCGUGGUUACGAUGUCUCUGCUCAGACCAGCCCCGAGGAUACGUUUGAGAAGCUGCCCGCUUUGUUCAACAUGGUUUCCGGCUAUUUGGCCUCGCCCUCCAGCAACAUCCGUGUGUCGGCAUCUGAAUGCUUGGUCUCGUUCCUGGCCAACUGCAUACCCAACAGCGUUAUCGUUGAGCCCUCUGUCUACGAUGAGAAGACGCUCGAGAAGAUUGCCAAGGCUGCUAUGGAUCUGCUUUCCGUCAAGUACCAGGCAGCAUGGCGGGAAGUGUUCAACGUGUGUGCGGCUCUGUUCGACAGCUUCAAGUGGCGCUCUAGCCCUUUCUUGGAUGAUAUUGUCAAGACGGUCGGAGAGCUCCGCAGCAACGAGUCUUUCCAGGGAAAGAAGGAGGCGGACAACGUUCUUGGUAGCGCCAUUGAGGCCAUGGGCCCUGCUGCAGUCCUGGAGAUUCUGCCCUUGAAUAUCAUUGAGCAGAAGAAUGGCCAGCCUGGUCGCGUGUGGCUCCUCCCGGUUCUCCGCGACAACGUCACCAACACCGACCUUGCCCAUUUCCGAUCUGAGUUCGUCCCUCUUAGUGAAGCUUUGUACCAGAAGGUCAUGGAGUUCAGCGCCAGGGAGAAGGCCGUUGAAGUCAAGAUCUUCGAAACUCUCGUUCAGCAGACGUGGGCUAUCCUUCCGGGCUACUGUGAGCUUCCUCUGGAUUUGACUGAGUCUUUCGAUCAGGGCUUUGCGGAGCUCCUUUCCAACGUCCUCUACAAGCAGACCGACCUGCGUGUUGACAUUUGCAGAGCUUUGCAGAAUCUGGUGGAGUCGAACCAGGCCAUCUUGUCCCUUGAGGCGAACGAGGAUGAUCUGAUCCUCCAGCGUAGGAUUACCAAGAAGGCAGCGGAAAAGAACGUUGCUCAUCUUGCCGGUUUUGCCAGCAACUUGUUGGCGGUUCUGUUCAACGUCUACAGCCAAACUCUCCCACACUACAGAGGCUACAUUCUCCAAUGUAUCAAUGCUUAUCUGAGCAUUGCCCCUGAGAAGGAGCUGAACGAGACGUUUGAACGUGUCACUUCGAUGUUGGAGUCCUCCGUGGUUUCAGAGACUGAAGCAGCCAAGCAGGGCAAUCAGCAGACUGGUUCUGGCGACAAGAUGCCACCUACGUCGCACACUUUGAUCGACCUGGUUAUUGCUAUGUCGAUUUACCUGCCCCGCACCAGCUUCGCAAAUCUGUUUGGCAUAGCUGCGGCUAUCCUUAACGGACAGACUGGUGAUCAACAGCUGAUCAAGAAGGCAUACAAGCUGAUCCCCCGUUUGGCCCAGACAGAGACUGGAAGCGCCGCGCUUCAAGAGCGCAGUUCGGAGCUGCAGGCGCUCAUCCUGGGCACGGCGGAUAAGACUCCUGCAUCUGCUCGUCGGGAUCGUAUGCUGGCGAUUUACGAACUCAUCACCUACUUGCCGACCUCCGACCUGCACUUCAUUCCAUCCGUUCUCUCGGAAGUUGUCUUGGGCUGCAAGGAGAGCAAUGAGAAGGCUCGGACAGCCUCGUUCGACCUGCUCAUCCACCUGGCAAAGAGAACUACCGACGAAGAGAAGAACCCUGCCGGCACUAAGAUCCGCAACUCCCUGGUGCCGCACAUGCCUAAUGAUGCCCCUGAUGCUCCCGCCACUAUUGAGGAGUUCUUCACCAUGGUAUCUGCCGGUCUGGCGGGUAGCUCGCCGCACAUGGUUGCUGCCUCCGUCACAGCUCUGUCUCGGUUGUUCUUCGAUUUCCACACCCAGAUCCAACCUACUGUCCGGUCCGACUUGGUCCAGACCGUGGAGUUGUUCCUCACCAGCAACAACCGCGAGAUUGUCCGGUCUGUGCUCGGCUUUGUCAAGGUCGCCGUGGUUGUUCUUCCCGAUGAAGAUCUCCGUGCGCGCCUCAGCUCCCUUGUUCCCAACCUGAUGGUCUGGAGCAAGGAGCACAAGGGUCGUCUCCGCAGCAAGGUAAAGGGUAUCCUUGAUCGCCUUAUCCGACGCUUCGGUGCCGCUCCUAUCGAGGAGCUGGUUGGUGAGGCCGACCGGAAGCUGGUGGUCAACAUCCGGAAGCUGCGCGAGAGACGCAAGAAGAAGAAGAACGCCGAGCAGGAUGGCGAGGACGAUGAGGAGAAUGAUGAGCCCGCCGGACAAGAAGAGAAGAGCGGCCGGUCCUACAGCAACGCCUUCGACAAGGCCGUCUACGACUCCGACCUCGACUCUGACGACGACGCCAGUGAGAUUGACGUCGAUGAGGAGGGUGUCACUCAUGCGCUCAAGGGCCGCAAGGGCAAGCGGUCCAACAAGCAGAGCGAGCAGUACAUUCGUGAAAUGUCCCCCGAAGACAACCCUCUCGACCUUCUCGCCCCCGAUGCCCUGGCCAACAUUUCCACCACCAAGCCUAGUGUCCGCUUCCUCAACACUGGCCCCGGUUCCCGGAAGAAGCGCAACGCGAAGGUCGAUUCCGACGGCCGUCUCAUCCUUGGCGAUGAUGACGAGGAUGUUGACAUGUCCGCUGGCCUGGACAACAACGCUGGAGAGAGCGGCAUCAACGCCUACGUGCAAGCCGUCAGCGGUCCCGACGCCGUCCGUCGCGGCCAACGUGGUAAGCUCAAGAUGGCCCAGUCCCAGAAGAAGAAGGGCGGUGACGAUAUGGACGUGGACGAUGACAACGACAACAACGCCUCUGGCCCUGCCUCCCGGCCCGGCCCUGGCCGUCGUGGCCUAGGCAUGCCCAAGACUCACGGUCCCAGCGGCGCCGGACGCAUUCAAAAGCGCAUGCCCAUGCGUGGUCGCCCCGGUCGUGGUGGCAGCCGUGGUGGUAGCCGUGGUGGCGGCCGUGGUAACGGCCGUGGCGGCGGUUUCCGUGUUGGCGGCAACCGGAGAUAA